UCUCACUCGUCAUCCCCCAUGCAUUUCUCCAAGAAAGAAAUCUGAACAAAAAUUCUUCUCUCUCUCACACACAUAUAUAAUCAUCUCCAUCUUCACACCUCUUUUAACUUGUCACCUUCUCCACAACUACCAUCUGCAAUGUCAAGAAUCAUGGCGGACACUUCACCUUUUUACGCCCGCCAUGAAGCGGCUUCUCCGACUCUCGGUGAGCUUUUGAAGUUCGUCGGAGCAUCGCAUCGUGUUCUAGAGAUGAGUGAAACUAGCAGCGAGCCUCGAUCGUUGCCGUUGGUUUUAUCAUUCAAUAAUCUAACGUAUAGUGUCAAAGUUGGGAGUAAGAGGGUGUUUAAUAUGAAUAAACUGUUGUUGAAUGACAUCUCCGGUGAAGCUAGGGACGGAGAGAUAAUGGCGGUCCUCGGUGCCAGUGGAUCGGGAAAAUCUACUCUGAUCGAUGCAUUAGCGAAUCGAAUUGCUAAAGGAAGUCUAAAAGGGACAGUGACUUUGAACGGAGAACAGCUGGAAUCGAGAUUAUUGAAGGUGAUAUCAGCUUAUGUGAUGCAAGACGAUCUGCUGUUUCCGAUGUUAACCGUGGAAGAAACGCUGAUGUUCGCAGCAGAGUUUCGCCUCCCUCGAUCGCUGUCGAAAGCCAAGAAGAAGCUGAGAGUUCAAGCUUUGAUCGACCAGUUAGGUCUCAGAAACGCUGCCAAAACCAUUAUUGGUGACGAAGGACAUAGAGGAGUUUCUGGAGGAGAACGACGUCGUGUCUCAAUCGGAACUGAUAUAAUUCAUGAUCCGAUUAUUCUGCUUUUGGACGAACCGACAUCCGGGCUAGACUCAAGCAGCGCAUACAUGGUGGUGAAGGUGUUACAACGUAUUGCACAGAGUGGAAGCAUUGUUAUCAUGUCCAUCCACCAGCCGAGUUACCGGAUCCUUGGUUUGCUUAGUCGGUUACUGUUUCUGUCCCGAGGACAGACGGUUUACAGCGGCUCGCCGGAUAAUCUUCCUUUAUACUUCUCUGAUUUCGGCCACCCGAUACCCGACAAGGAAAAUAGAACUGAAUUCACACUCGAUUUGAUCAGAGAACUCGAAGGAUCGCCAGGGGGAACCAAAACCCUAGUCGAAUUCAACAAACAAUGGCAAAACCUAAAGGUGUCUCGUCAGAGCAACGAGACGCCUGCGCAUGGCUUAUCGCUAAAGGAAGCGAUAAGCGCAAGUAUAUCCAGAGGUAAAUUAGUGUCUGGUGCUGGCGCUGCUGGCGCCAGCACUAAUUCGUUGGUCCCUAUGUUUGCCAACUCAAUGUUGAUGGAAAUGUUGGUUUUAUCAAACCGACAAUUCACCAACUCACGCCGAAUGCCGGAGCUAUUCGGCAUCCGGCUAGGCGCAGUUGUGGUCACAGGCUUCAUCCUCGCAACGAUCUUCUGGAACCUGGAUAACUCGCCAAAGGGCGUGCAGGAACGGUUAGGGUUUUUCGCAUUCGCCAUGUCAACAACCUUCUAUACGUGUACGGACGCCUUACCAGUUUUUCUUCAAGAACGUUAUAUAUUUUUACGCGAAACCGCUUACAACGCUUACCGUCGAUCUUCAUACGUGUUGUCUCACUCCAUCGUCGCCAUUCCGUCUCUCAUCGUUCUCUCAUUCGUCUUCUCGGCCAUUACAUUUUGGGCAGUGGGCCUAGACGGCGGCUUCUCCGGCUUCCUCUUCUACUACUCCAUCAUCCUGGCCUCGUUCUGGGCCGGGAGCUCGUUCGUGGCGUUUCUAUCCGGUGUCGUGCCACAUGUGAUGCUCGGGUACACCAUCGUGGUCGCGAUCCUCGCGUACUUUCUCUUGUUCAGUGGCUUCUUCAUCAACCCUGAUCGAAUCCCGGUCUACUGGAUAUGGUUCCAUUACAUUUCUUUAGUAAAAUAUCCUUAUGAAGCGGUUUUACAGAAUGAAUUUCAAAACCCUAGCAAAUGUUACGUUAGAGGAACUCAGAUUUUCGACAACAGCCCGCUCAGGGGAAUCGAGGAAUCCAUGAAAGUAAGAUUGUUGGAGAGCAUGAGUGCUUCGCUCGGGGUCAGUAUAACCGGCGACACUUGUUUAACCACCGGCGCGGAUGUGCUUAAACAACAAGGGAUCACUGGGCUGAACAAGUGGAACUGCUUAUGGAUCACGGUUGCAUGGGGGUUCUUGUUUAGGUUUCUGUUUUACUUCUCUUUGUUGGUGGGAAGCAAGAAUAAGAGGAGGUAAAAUGUAAAAUAUGAAAGUUGAUGUACUUAUAUGAAAAUUUGGACUUUAAGUA